CCUGCCGAGCACGACCAGCGAAGAUGGUCUCACAGGGGAUUCAGAUGAUGGGCAUCUCGAUGGGGGUGAUCGGCUGGUUCAUGGUGAUCGUGGUGUGCGCCCUGCCCAUGUGGAAAGUGACGGCCUUCAUCGGCGCCAACAUCAUCACGGCGCAGACCAUCUGGCAGGGCAUGUGGAUGAACUGCGUGGUCCAGAGCACGGGCCAGAUGCAGUGCAAGGUCUACGACUCCAUGCUGGCGCUGCCUCAGGACCUGCAGGCUGCCCGCGCCAUGAUCGUCAUCUCCAUCCUGGCGGGGAUCUUCGGACUGGUCCUGGCCAUCGCGGGAGGGAAGUGCACCAACUGCAUCGAGGAUGAGCGCUCCAAGGCCAAAGCCUGCAUCCUGGCUGGAGUCUUGUUCAUCGUGUCGGGCCUGCUCUGUCUGAUUCCCGUCUCCUGGACCGCCAACACCAUCAUCAGCAACUUCUACAACCCUCUGAUGAUCGCGGCGCAGCGGUACGAGCUCGGGGCCUCGCUCUACAUUGGCUGGGCGGCCGCCGCCCUCCUGCUCAUGGGGGGCGGUCUGCUGUGCUGGAACUGCCCCCCCAAAGAACAGCCGCUCCACUACCACGCCCACGUGCCCAAAUUCCAGCCCAUGAAGUCCGAAAGCAGCUCAAGAGAGUACGUGUGCGGCAGCGUCAUGGGGAGGAUCGGCAAAGAAACGGCCGGUCAGGUCAUCAGUUUCAUCGGCCUGGUCGGCGUCUCAGUCUGCUGCGGCGUCCCCAUGUGGCGGGUGACCUCCUUCAUCGGCGCCAACAUCGUGACGGGCCAGACCAUCUGGGACGGUCUGUGGAUGAACUGUGUCCAGCAGUCCACCGGGCAGAUGCAGUGUAAGCUGAACGAGUCGCUGAUGAGACUGACCAGGGACCUGCAGGCCGCCCGCGCUCUGGUCAUCAUCUCGCUGGUCUUUGGCUUCAUCGGCUUCAUGGUCACCUUCAUCGGCGCCAAGUGCACCAGCUGCCUGAAGAGGGACUCCUCCAAGGCUAAAGUGGUCAUCCUGGGCGGCUGCCUGAUCAUCUUCGCCGCCGUCCUGGUCCUGAUUCCCGUGUGCUGGUCGGCCACCAUCACCAUCACCGACUUCCAGAACCCGCUGACCGUCAACACGCAGAGGAGAGAGAUUGGAGCGUCCAUCUACAUCGGCUGGGCUUCCGCCGCCAUCCUUCUGGUGGGCGGGAUCACGCUGACCACUUCCUGCCCGCCUCAGAAACCCAUGUACGGAUAUCCAGGAUAUGCGCCGGCGCCCAUGUACCCGUACCCGGCGCAGACCGUCAACACAUAUGGGCCGGUGUACGCGCCCGCCUCCAGCCAGGCCUACACACCGAGCGGCUCCUAUGGACCGGCCAAACCGUACGCGGCGCCGACCGCGUACUCGGGUGGCCCGUACCUGUGAUCACCCCCCUCCACUCUCUAUGAACUCCUGUUGGUGUGCUUUGUGACGAUUUGGAAGAUGAAGGUUUGAAUCCUGGAACGCUCAUUGUAUUUAUUGUCUCACCUUCUGUAAAUAUGUUUGUUUAUGAUGUAAAUAUCUGAGACGUUUAAUAAAACUGCCGAAACUGAAAA